ACUGGAGACGAAAUCUGCAAGGAAAAAUCUCUUCAAUUGCUAGGUGAGAUUUCAUUACCAAAGGGUUUAUUUCCAUUAGAUGAUUUAACAGAGGUUGGAUACAAUAGAAGCUCUGGGUUUGUUUGGCUAAGACAGAAGAAGCAGAAAACUCAUUAUUUUAAGAGUAUUGGAAAAUCUGUAUCUUAUGGUACUGAAGUAACAACGUUCGUUGAGAAUUACAAGAUGAAGAAAUUGACUGGUGUUAAGAGUAAAGAGAUUUUGAUCUGGGUUAGACUUUCUGAGAUUUUUAUUGAUGAUCCUAGUAGUGCCAAGAUCUUUCCCUGUUUCUGUUUUUGAGAUCGAAAAAGAAGAGAAGAAGCUGGAAGAAGUCAAAGCAUGAUGAAUUCAAGAAUGAAAUUGAUCGAUUAUAAAAAAAUGGAUCUGUAUUAUUAGUGUUUUCUGAUUAAUUAAGCUUCUGUCUAACCUUCAAUAUUGGCUCUUUGAACCACCUGGAGCCAUGGCGUGGUUUGUUUUGUACUUGUGAUAUUCGGAGGAUAAUUUUUUUGUAAAGUUACGAAUGUACGA